AUGCCGGUCUUGGACAUCAAGGAGACCAUUUGUUCGUCUCAAAACAGAGGUGCUAAAAUGAUCUUCUCCGCCACGCUCUCUUCGUUCCUUCUCCUCCUCCGCCGCUGCCUCUACUGCCAUUGUUCGGUCGUUCGCCACUACCUUGCACCACAACAACCACCGCUAGAACCACAAGACCCGAAGGAGGUUGAGGCGAAGCUGGCGAUGCUCCGAAGGGGCUACGUAAAGCAGGUGAAGGAGGUUCGCAAUCUGUACAUCCACGAAAUGGAGCUACUUCAGAUCGAGAAGCAGCACAAGGACGAAGCUUGCAGAGAAGCCUUUAGAGUUGCCAAUGAGGAGCGCAAGAAGCUCAAGGCCGAAGCUGCACAGAUCAGGGCUCAGGAGCACAAGAUCGCACAACAAGAAUUCAGAGAAACACUCGAGUAUGGAUCUUAUGGAGAGGUUCCUAAUAGUUGUGCUUCUGCUCUUAUGGAGGAGGCUAGAGAUUAA